AUCCGGAAGUGGAAGGGCGGUGCUUCGCUAAGGGCUGGUGGGCUGACAAAACAAGCAUCCACCAUGACAGCCAUCAAGCAUGCUCUGCAGCGGGACAUCUUCACCCCCAACGACGAGCGUCUCCUCGGCAUCGUGAACGUCUGCAAGGCGGGGAAGAAGAAGAAGAACUGCUUCCUGUGUGCAACAGUCUCCACAGAGCGGCCUGUCCAGGUGAAAGUGGUGAAAGUGAAGAAAUCAGACAAAGGAGACUUUUAUAAAAGACAGCUGACGUGGGAACUCCGAGAUCUGACUGAAGUCGAUGCCAAAGAUGCGAGCAAGGAGAAUCCUGAGUUCGACCUUCACUUCGAGAAGGUGUACCGCUGGGUGGCCAGCAGCACGGCGGAGAAGAACUCCUUCAUAUCGUGUAUCUGGAAGCUCAACCAGAGAUACCUGAGGAAGAAGGUGGAGUUUGUGAAUGUCAGUUCUCAGCUGCUGGAAGAGUCGGUGCCGAGCGGUGAGAGUCAGAGCGUUGCGGGCGGCGAUGAGGACGCUCUGGACGAGUACCAGGAGCUGAGCACCAGAGAGGAGCAGGAUAUCGAGGGCAUGAUGGAGAUGUGCGAGUUCGCCGUCUCCAACGCCGAGGCCUUCGCGGAGCAGCUCUCCAGGGAGCUGCAGGUCCUGGACGGGGCCAACAUCCAGUCCAUCAUGGCAUCGGAGAAGCAGGUGAACAUCCUGAUGCACUUGCUGGACGAGGCUCUGUCCGAAGUGGACACCAUCGAGGGGAAGCUGAGCAGCUAUGAGGAGAUGCUGCAGAGCGUCAAGGAGCAGAUGGACCAGAUCUCCCAGAGCAACCGCCUGAUCCAGAUCAGCAACACCAACAACGGCAAGCUACUCGACGAGAUCCAGUUUGUAGUGAACUACAUGGACCUGUCAAAGGGACACAUCAGAGCCCUGCAGGAGGGAGACCUGAUGUCUCCUAAAGGCAUCGAGGCCUGCAUCAACGCCUCUGAAGCUCUUCUGCAGUGCAUGAAUGUGGCCCUCAGACCUGGCCACGAUAAGCUGAUGGCCGUGACGCAGCAGCAGCUCCUGUUCGCUGAGCUGAGAGACACCUUCGCACGCCGCCUCACCAAUCAUCUCAACAACGUGUUUGUUCACCAGGGCCACGAUCAGAGCUCCACUCUGUCGCAGCACACGGCCGAGAUGAUGCUGCCCAAACACAGCCCCCUGCACCGGGACCUGCUGCGCUACGCCAAGCUCAUGGAGUGGCUGAAGAACACGCACAGGGAGAAGUACGAGGGCCUGUCCAGGACCUACGUCGACUACAUGAGCAGAUUAUACGAACGAGAAAUCAAAGACUUCUUUGAGGUCGCUAAAAUAAAAAUGGCGGGAACGACGAAGGAGGCGAAGGGCAAGUUUGCCACGCUUCCGCGGAAAGAGAGUGCUCUCAAACAGGAAACGGAAAGCCUUCAUGGCAGUUCUGGAAAGCUGACAGGCUCCACCUCCAGCCUGAACAAGCUGACGGUGCAGGGCUCCAACAGCCGGCGCUCUCAGUCCUCCUCUCUGCUCGACAUGGGCAACAUGUCCGCCUCCGACCUGGACGUGGCCGACAGGACCAAGUUUGAUAAGAUAUUCGAGCAGGUCCUCAGCGAGCUUGAGCCUCUGUGUCUCGCAGAACAAGACUUCAUCAGCAAGUUCUUCAAGCUGCAGCAGCACCCGACUGUUAUUCCUCCUCUGGCUCAGCCUGAAACAGAAGAAUCAGACGGAGGCACGCCAUCCAGAGUGGCCCCUCAGGCUGAGCACAGACACUCUCUGUCAUCAGAGAAAGAUCUGGUGCGCCUGAUGAUGAAUAAAAUCUUCCAGAGCAUCGAGACGGAGCUCAACAGUCUCAUCGCUCUGGGGGACAAGAUCGACAGCUUCAACUCUCUGUACAUGCUGGUGAAGAUGAGCCACCAUGUGUGGACGGCCGAGAACGUCGACCCGGCCUCGUACCUCAGCACCACUCUGGGAAACGUGCUUGUUACUGUCAAGAGGAACUUUGACAAAUGCAUUUCCGGUCAGAUCAGACAGAUGGAGGAAAUCAAGAUUUCCAAGAAAAGCAAAGUGGGCAUCCUUCCUUUCGUCACUAACUUUGAGGAGUUUGCUGAGCUCGCUGAAACCAUCUUCCGUAACGCAGAGCGCAGAGGGGAUCUGGAUAAAGCUUACGUCAAACUCAUCCGGGCUGUCUUUGUAAACGUGGAGAAAGUGGCCAGUGAGAGCCAGAAGACUCCGCGGGACGUCGUGAUGAUGGAGAACUUUCACCACAUCUUUUCCACGCUGUCACGUCUAAAGAUCUCCUGCCUGGACGCAGAGAGACGAGAGGCCAAACACAAAUACACCGACCACCUGCAGUCCUACGUCAUCAACUCUCUGGGACAGCCUCUAGAGAAACUCAACCAUUUCUUCGAGGGAGUCGAGGCUCGUGUAGCUCAGGGCGUGCGCGAGGAGGAGGUGAGCUACCAGCUGGCCUUCAACAAACAAGAGCUGCGUAAAGUCAUCAAAGAGUAUCCGGGAAAAGAGGUGAAGAAGGGACUCGACAACCUGUACAAGAAGGUGGACAAACAUCUGUGUGAAGAGGAAAGUCUGCUACAGGUGGUAUGGCACUCCAUGCAAGACGAGUUCAUCCGUCAGUACAAGCACUUUGAAGACCUGAUUGGCAGGUGUUACCCUGGAUCUGGAAUCACCAUGGAGUUCACCAUCCAGGACAUGUUGGAGUAUUUCUCAAGCAUCGCUCAGUCUCAUUAACUCUGCACUUUGAUUCUCUGCUGCCUCACACUGACAGGAGAUUCACUCACUACUCAGAAAACUGUAAUGUUAUUAGGAUGACAAACAUUUCCUUUGUGUUUGCAGAUUUACCUGCAUCAUAAGCGUGCCUGUUCCUUUAAGAUUCAAACACUGCUCUAAAUUCUGUUUGCGCUGUAUUGCUGUUAUUUCUUUAUGCCAUAUGUACAUAAUAAAGUCUCAUUUGCUGACAAAUCAAAAA